AUGUCGUCUAAGGACCCACGCUCCGUCAUCGACCCCUCAAAGUUUCUCAACAGAAAGGUCCGAGUCAAGUUCUCUGGAGGGCGCGAGGUGGAGGGAACCCUCAAGGGCCAUGAUGCCGUUUGCAACUUGGUACUGGAUGACACGGAAGAGUUCUUGAGAGGUAAUUCACCCCCAUACACUGCAGUGUUGGGAUCCGUCGUUAGACAAGGCCCAAUAGACCCCGAGGAUUCAACUCGAUUGUUGGAGACCACGCGCGCGCUGGGGCUUAUUGUAGCGCGGGGUAGCGCCAUCGUGCUGAUCUCCCCAGUGGAAGGCGUACAGCGCAUCGAGAACCCUUUCGUUGGGGUUGACGCCCAGUGA